UAAAGAAAAGAUUGAUAAGCCCGAGAACUCACUUGCAAUUUGUGUGGCUCUUGGGAGAACAAGUCCUUAGACCUAUCAAAGAACUGACUUGAACUUGUAUUUACCAGCUGCUAACAUGUGAGAUCCCAGGGGAGGACAUGACAGUGCAUCCACCGGGGUGGGCACAACAGCAGUUGGACAUGAAGGAGAGAUUCACUUUUUGAAAAUCUGAUUGCUCAGAGUUCUUUGAUGUGGUUUUGACCAUGGAAAACUUUCAUCCACCGUUUACAGAGAUGUCUUACUGUACUUACUUCUUCAGGAAAAGUGAUGUUAAAACCUUGUGUUACAUGUUCUGCUCUUGCCAGCUUCUGAUAAAACAAGCAAUUUGUGGCAGAUGAAAUUGUAAAGUUUAAUGGAAGUUAGAGGAUAAUAAACAGAUGGUUGCCCACAUACAGCAGAGUGAAAGACAAGAAGAAGUGAUUGAACCAGCUGUAUUCAGCUUCAUCAUGCCAAGAAACCUUGGAAUAUCUUCCUCAUCUCCCUGGAAGUCCUUGUCUUCAUAAAUAUUGCCCUGCAGUGCUGGGGCUGAGAAAGCCAGCAUGAGGAAGCAAACCAACAUUAUUUCACUUCUCAGCAUAAAAGGAAGUAACACUUAAUAAAAGCCAUUGGCUGCAUGAUUUCAUAAGAGAGAGAGAAGCAGAGAGAGAACAAGAACGUCCUGUGGAAAAGCAGGUGUGAUUCAUGAAUAAACUGUAGUUUGCAACCCUAUGCAAUACUGAUGAAACAAACAGAAUUCUCACAGACAUGGAUAAUGCGAGAACACAAGACACUUUUUCACAGUUAAACCAGGAAAAAAUCCUCAAAAUUAUGAACAUGGUGAAAAAUAAAGAAGUGAGCAUUGAAGGAGCUUUGCAGUUGGCACAGAAAGAGGUGUAUGCUGAAAAGGAUGCACAGGAUUUGCUAAUUGGCUCUCAAUUUAACUUUGUUAUCUACAAAUACAAGCACUAUCGGUGGCAGAAACGGAUUUUGCAGAUUGAUUUCAACUCAAAGACCAUUUUUAACAUUGAAAAAGGAAUUAUUAAGAAACAGUUCCCUUUCUCACAAGUCAAAGCCUGCGAAGACACUGAAAGGAGACGCUUCAGCAUUGUGUUUCAUGGGCGACAACAUUAUGAGCUGGAAGCAGUGUCUCUUGAUGAUAAAAGGAAGAUAAUAUACCUUCUAAGCAGAGUUAUACAGAGCAAUUCAUGCAAGAGACCAGCGGAGUCCUGCUCUGAAAGACCUGCAGAAUAUGACCUGAUACAUGAAGGACUUCUGGAAUUGCAACAAAACACUUCUACAUCCACUGAAUGGGUGAAGUGCUUGGUACAACUACGUGAAGGAGAACUGACUUUGUAUUGCAUUGGCCUGGGAGGAAAGAACAAGCCUGAAGACCUUGUAACAAAUACAAUUAAUUUGUCAGGUGAUAAUGUGAGUGUCAGCAAGGAGAAUGGAUGCAGUACCUUUGCAGUCCAGACCAAAGAACACAAUUAUUUAUUUCGAAUACCCUUAACUGUCCAUAAUACCAGGACAGAGGAAGUUAGCAAGCUCCAGAAGGAAUGGGUGUCUCUCAUAGAAGGGUACUGUUCAUUCUGCAAGGAUGCCUCACCGCCCUGGGAGGGAUCUCAAGGAUGCACCUCCUCUGAAGCUGAUUAUGAAGAUUUAACUGUACCUAUGAAUGAACAGAAAGAGAAGGCUCUCCACUUUGGUGUGAGUUCUGCCAAAAAAAGUCUGAACAAGUCUUCAAGCCCCCAGACAAAGCCUGUAGAGGCAGACACAGCCCCAGCAUCACCACCUCUUUUACUUCCCACAAGUAAGGCAGAGGUACCACCAGCCCCACCUGUGUUCCUGCAGCCCUGCAGCCUCUCUCCAUCGACAAAGAGAACCAAAGCCUUUCACUGGGAUGUUGUUCCUUGUGAGAAGAUUCAAAAAUCUGUCUGGGGAUCAUGUGACCCAUGCAAGAAGAAAAUAGAUGUGUCCCGGCUCUGUGAUCAGUUCCAGAUCCAGGACAUGGCAGUUUUUUCAGGCAAUGAACCUUCAGUGAAUCAGCACAUCAUGUUAGACCGAAAAGUUGCACACAACUUCAACAUUCUUCUUAAAAGUUUCCGUAUAAAGCCAAACGAGUUGAAAGAAAAACUGUACAUUAUACAUGAAGAGAGUGGUGGACUUACAGAUGAGCAGAUUACAGCACUGAGAAGAUACAUGCCAACACCAAAAGAUGCAGAAAAGUACCAGGCACUCAAGGGGUCUCCUUCAGAGCUGCACGUGGUUGAUCAGUUUAUGUUAGAGAUGUGUAAAAUCCCUCACUUAGGCCAGAGGUUGGAUCUCCUCCUUACCAUACGUGAGCUCCCUGUGAGCAUGAGAGAUUUAGAGCCUCUAAUAAACCAGAAAAUCCAAGCAAGUAAGCAGCUACAAGCUAGCCAGAAAUUCGUUGCUGUCUUGGAGUACAUUUUAGCCAUUGGGAACCAUUUAAAUGAAAAGGCUGGAAAAGAGAAGGCUAAAGGAUUUCGAUUGUCAUCUUUGACCAAAUUACCUCUGUUGAGGGGUAAGGAGAGGACAUUCACCUUGCUUCAUGCCCUUGUGGAAAAGAUCAUCUUACAUGAGCCUGAUCUUGUCAAAUUUUCGCAGGAGUUGACAGAAUUUGAAGCUGUUCCUGUUGCUUCCAUGAAGGGCCUCAGUGCUGAAGUUGAUGUUUUAAAAAAAGAAUUGGAAAAUGUUAUUCAGUGCAGACGGCUCAUUAAACCCAAGACAAUCAAAGCAACACCCCAGGAGUCACAGUUCUGCAAGGAACUAAAGGAUUUAAUUCAGAAAUAUGAAGGGGAUCUAUCCCAGCUGUCAAAAAGAUGUGAUGAAAUGAAGAAGCUUUAUAGCAACAUACUGGUAAAAUUUGGGGAGCCACAAGACCUAGACUCUCAGGAACUGUUUGGAUGGAUCUCUUCAUUCAUUAGUGAGUUCAGGAAGGCCUGUGCUGAAGUCUUGUCAUAAGGACAACACAAAUCUUACAGAGAGGUGAGGGAGAGAGAAGUGCAGGAAACAAUGUUUAAGUUAAUUGGUUUGAAAGUUUCUCUACUAAUAAGUAGCACAUAGACUGUGUAUAGUCUGUGCAGCAGUAUACCUUGAUUUUAAGGGCUAUUCAAUUUAUAAUGUGUAACUGUUAAGUGGUAUUUGACCUUGUAGGAGCAUAGAUCACUUAUGAACCUCUCCCUCAUUUUUACUGAUGUAUGUGCUUUUGUACUGUAUAUUUAGAAACACUUUUGACAUUUUAUCCUUUCUCUUUUUUGGUCUUUUCCUUUGAUACCCAGGCUUUUGACUGAGUUGUAAUUAUUACUUUUAAUAAGUUUCUGUAUGGUGAACUGAUUUUAGUUGGUUUUGCUGUAGUUUUCUAAACAAUGCUUUACAAGUUUUAUAAUGAAAUGGGAAACUGUUACCCACAGAUGAGAAUAUUUAGCAAAGAUUCUUGCCUUUCUGCUAUUAAAGCAUUGCAGCCUUAGUAUGUAAUGGUGAAAGUGUCUGGUUGGAUGGCUUGGGUUUUGUCCCUCAAAGCAGUACAAUAAAAUAGUGCUUUUUAUGGCUAA